GGCUUUUUGGCGGCCCGCUCCACCGAUCCACCACCCGAAAGUCGUCCGUCGACCUGGAGGCGAACCAACCUGAAAUCCCCCUCCUCUCCACCGAUCCGCCGCCGCUCGCCUAAACCCUCCGCCGCCGCGCCCCGACGACCCCUCGCCGCCGCCCGGAAGCCAUGGGGAGCCGGCUGGGCCGCCGCGUGAUCCACUUUGCGCACCUCCCGCUCAAGCUCAUGCUGCCCCCCGCCCCGCUCUCCUCCGUGCAGGAGUUCGCCGUCCGGACCGUCCCCUCCGCCUCCAAGGUCGACAUCCGCCGCUGCCUCGAGUCCGUCUACGGCUUCUCCGUCGCCGACGUCCGCACCCUCAACAUGGAGGGCAAGAAGCUCCGCAGGGGCCCCUUCCUUGCCGCCAAGCCCGAUUACAAGAAGGCAUACAUCACGCUCCACGCCCCGCUCCCGGUCUCCCCCGACCUCUUCCCAAUCGGGGCCAUCCUCGGGGAGCGGGAGCGGAAGGCCAGCGCCGCCGCUGCCAGGAGGAAGGCGGUGGAGGGCGCCGAGGUAGAGGGGGAAGGGAAGGGGAAGCACUGGAUGGAGGACGAGAUGGAGGGGUUCUCCAGGGCCGGGUGCGGGAAGGUCGUGUACGGGAACCCCGGGAGGCUGAGGAGGAAGAGGAGGGGAGGCGCCAAGGUGAAGGAGGACGCUGGGGAGGAGGGGGAAAAGUUCCCCUGGAGUGGGAUGCGGCUGGCUACCGAGAAACCUAGGAGGGUGAGACACUCUCCCCCGAAGAAGAGGGGCAUAGCCUUGAAGCUGAAAUCACGGAAGGUGUCUCUGCAGCUCCGCUCAAAAAAGAAGCUGGAAGCUUGAUAGUAGUGUACUUGAGAGUUGCUGCGCCGCAACCAUGAAGCAGGAUGCAAACCGUGGAUCCACGACAGAUUCGUCUCAUUUUUAGACUACCGAAUAAACACCAAUGCUCAAGAAUGUGUGAGGACUUUGUGCCUUUGAUAUGAAAUCGAGUUGGAAUUUAAA